AUGAGCUCCCCGUUCUGUGCCCUUAAGUCGGUGGCAAGGGAGGAGCCGCAGCCCAAAGAGGAGUAUGUCCUUAAAAUCACGAAUUCUGAAGACAGCCAAAACCCCAGCCUCAUUGAGGUGCAGACACUGAUCAUGAAGUUUCUGAGCAAUGAAGGCUUUCCCGUGGGCACCCCGCGGGUCACCAAAAAGGGUGAAAUAAUGUUUCUCGAAUCAAUAGAUGUUGGCUCAGCCACCCAAGGCUAUUUGGUGAGGCUCUUGACCUUCCUGCCGGGCCAAGCGGUGGCCACCGUCCCCGUGAGUCCUCCCAUUCUGUAUGAGGUUGGACAGCUAGCUGCCAAGCUGGACAAAACGCUUGCAGAGAAAUUCCAUAAUCCUUUAAUAAAACAUCUGCACCGAGGCAACUUCAUAUGGAACCUGGCCAACGUUCCUCUCCUGGAACAGUACCUUCCGGCGCUGGCCCAGAAAAGAGAUCUGGAAAUGGUGAAAUGGGUUAUCCAACAAUUCAAGCUUAAAGUCGUGCCAAAGCUAAGCAGUUUCCGGCCCUGUAUCAACCAUGGGGACCUCAAUGACCACAACAUCUUACUGGAUACCGAUUCUGCUUCCCCUGAAAGUCCGCGCUACAGAGUGUCGGGUAUCUUGGACUUCGACAUGAGCUACGGCUGUUAUGUAUUCGAAGUGGCAAUCACCAUCAUGUACAUGAUGAUUGAGAGCCAGGAUCCGCUCGGCGUCGGAGGGCACGUCCUUGCAGGGUUCGAAAGCAUCGUUCCCUUGACCGCCGAGGAGCGAGAUGCCCUCCUCCUCCUUGUGAGCGGAAGGUUUGCUCAGUCUCUCGUGAUGUCCGCACACACCAUUCGGCUGCAGCCCGAGAAUGAAGAGUACCUGAUGAUCACGGCCAAAACGGGAUGGAAGCGCUUGGCGAAGCUUCUUGAGGUGGGCCAGGAAGCCGUGGAGAAGAUCUGGUUUGAGACGGCAGAGAGAUAUGCCUGCAACGACCCACCUAUAGAUCUCGUAUUACAUAGUGAUCAGUCUUGUAUAUUAAAUAUGGGGAAAUAACAAUUCCCAGUGUAAAUACUGCAGGGGUAUUGAAUAAAUGAUGCUAAUUUGCAAGUACCCUUACCCAAGGGUCAUUUCGUAG